GUCGCAACCACGCGCUUUUCUUCGCGGUGCGUGUUGUUUCGAAACGAAAGAGAAGAAAAGAAUUACACGAAAUGCGGAGACCACCGCCUGACCCGGCUGCGGAGACGAGGGUUCGCUUCUUUCUUGUAGGCGCCCUCAUCGGACUCCUCACUCUUUUGCUCUCCUGCUACUUCACGUUGAGGAACGUUGCGGCAAAUGAUCACCUGAGGGAACUCAACGCCGCCAUUCGAGCCGUGGAGGGUGCGCAGGUGUCGACGUAUCUCGCCCUGAUGAACGCCACGAGGAUUCCGCGUGUGUUUGAACCCGGCCAGCACCCCCUGUACGUCGUCACCUGCAUCCCAGAGGACGAGACGGCAGAGGCCCAGGAGAUAGUGCGUCAGGUCGCCUACACGUUCCGCACCGUGCCCAUGGAUGCGGACUACGUCCAUCACCCGCUAACAGCCGCCUACCGCCACCAUCGAUAUAAGGCGGCGAAGAUCUUGCGGGAGGUGUGGCAGCAAUUUCAGCCGGAUGAGGACUCGCUCAUGAGCGAGGUGUACGGCUCUAUGCUGUCCCUGGCGGAGCUGCGCGAGGUGGACCUGUCAGUGCUGGUCCACUGCGAAACUUACGACACCUUCCGCUGCCGUGCUGCCGUUGACGCCGCCCGUCUGCGCAACGGCCCCUCGAGUCAGUUGGAGAGGACGUACCAGCUGCGCCACGGCACAUCGCAGCCGUCGCCGCCGCGUAUUCCUUUUCGGGAUCCGGACAUACCGCGCAAGGUCGUGGCGCCUGCUUCCACGGUGCGCGCUGGUUUUUGGAAGGACCCUUUCCGCCCUCCGUUGGCGGGUUUGCUGCCUCCGCGAGACACACUCGUAAUGAACCCAGGCUACUUCUCUGACCCGGCAAGCCAGGUACUCUACAUGGUCUUUGGCCACAUCGAAGGCUCGAUGCUGCUGACGGGCUUCGUCAUAUUUUCGUUGUCAUUGACGUGUUUCUCUUUGGCGGCGUGGGCGCUUGGCGUCGCGUGCUGGAUGGUGUCUCGCGCAUGA